UGCCCCCUAGCAAACGAAGAAAAAUUGAAAUCAAUAGUGAAGCACUGAGAAUGCUUUGGAAUGCUUUGAAGAAUGGGCAAGUUAAUGAGAUUGAGAGUGGGCAGUUCCUUCAGUUUUCCGAGGAUGUUUCCUAUCUUACAGGCCAAAAUGAGCAAGGUUUAAAAAUAUCCACUCUGUUCAUCCGUGAAUGUUAUCUCCAUCUGUCUAAGAUUAUCUUUGAAAAUGUUAAUGUCCGUCGUUGGCGUAUUACUGGAAAUCCAGGGAUUGGGAAAACCUUCUUCGGUUAUUACCUGCUUUAUCGUCUUGCACAACAAAAUAAAACGGUCGUAUAUCACAGAUACAACAUGCCUCCGAUUCUCUUUAGCGAGGAAAGUGUUUUCACUAGUUCCAAAGACAAUAUUCAUGAAUUCAGAGGUUACCUGGAAAAUUAUGAUGUUUGGUAUAUAGUUGAUGGCAGGGAGCCAAUGGAAUAUGUCGCCAGGACAAUUCUAAUCUGUUCGCCUCAAAAGCGUUACUAUAGUACAUUUGAUAAACUUGGGACAACUAUUCGAUACAUGCCAGUGUGGUCUUGGGAAGAGACUGAUACGUGCAGGAAUGAGCUUUUCCGUGAUCUUACUCAAAAGAAGGUUAAGAAAUUACACAAUAAAUGGGGUGGAAUUCCUCGCUUUACCUUGUUUUAUGCACUCAAUAUUUCUCAGCAAGAACUCCUUCAGAAGGCAAUUAACUCAGUUAAUGAUAAGAUAUUAAAUUUCGUUGGCGAAACCACAGAGGACAAUAGCGCCAGUCACAAAAUUGUUCAUAUCCGUACGAACGUGCCACAAGUAGGCGAGAAAGGAAAGGGAGUAGAGGAAGUAGAGGAAAUAAGUGAAGUAGAAGAGGAUACUGGGGAAUCUUCCUCUCCUGCAGUAACUAAGCCAGACAAAGAUAAUGAAGAGGUACCCUUCUAUACAUUGUCAAAUUUAGAUUUUGCAUCCGAUUAUGUUUAUGAAAAGGUAAUGGAUGUACUCCUAACGAAUUACAAAGAACAGUUGCAGACUUUUGUGCAAGCUAGCAAAUCAAUAAGUGAUUAUGGCACACUUCGGGGUACUAUAUUUGAGCGGAUCGCCCAUGGAAAGUUAUUAAAUGGAGGGACAUUCAAGGUUCGUCCUUUAUUUGGAAAGACUACCUCUUGCUUCGGGAUAAGUAAUAGUAAUCGCAAACUAACAAUACCUCCUCGGGAAAAAUUGUUGUUCAGCAAACCUGAUGAGGUUAUACAAAACCGAUACUGUAUACCAACUCAAAAAAAUAACGCAUCUUUCGAUGCAUUUGUUUCUCCCGACACAUUCUUCCAAAUGACUAUUGCUGAUAAUCAUCCUAUCAUCAGGAUUGGCUUGGAAAAAUAUAUUAAGGACGACAAUUCAGAUAUCAAUUUUUAUUUUGUCUUACCAACGGAUUUGUAUAACGAUUACAAACCGCAGGCUCUUCAUACCACAAACAGGACUGUUCUCAAGAAUAAACCGCCUUGGUUUAAUCGCUUCAAACAAUAUGCUCUGGAACUUGAUCCGAAUAUUUUUAAUGAUAGUGAGAAGGAAAUGAUAGCCAGAAUUUAA